AUGUAUAUCGAAGAACUGACGGAAAGUGAAGAGAAGGGGGAGAGAUCGGUGGAGGAUAGCUUUGCCGAUGGAGAGAAGGCGAUCUUGGUGAGCAGAGGAAACGUGAUCGUGCUGACGACAAAGAAGGCACUUGUUGGUGUUGGUGCUCGUGCGUUGUUCUAUCCAACUCUGAUUUACAACGUCGUUAGGAAUAAGUUCGAGGCUGAGUUCCGGUGGUGGGAUCGGGUGGCGGAGUUUAUACUACUGGGAGCUGUUCCAUUCCCAUCUGAUGUUCCACGGCUGAAGGAGCUGGGUGUUUGUGGGGUGAUCACUCUGAAUGAGCCGUAUGAAACUUUGGUGCCAUCAGCUCUCUACAAAUCUUUCUGCAUCGACCACCUGGUGAUUGCCACGAGAGAUUAUUGCUUUGCUCCUUCCAUGGAAGCAAUAUGCCAAGCUGUAGAUUUUAUUCAUAGAAAUGCUUCGCUUGGGAAGACGACUUAUGUCCACUGCAAGGCGGGCCGAGGCCGCAGCACAACUAUUGUCAUAUGCUACUUGGUGCAACACAAGCAUAUGACACCGGAAGAAGCAUAUGCAUACGUGAAGUCAAUCAGGCCCAGAGUUCUUUUAGCAACGACCCAAUGGAAGGCCGUUCUUGAGUACUACCAUACCAUGGUGCUGAGUACUAAGAGUUCCUUAACUGACGCAACUUCAGCUCUGAUCCCAAGAAAAGUGAAGCAGGUUUAUUCUGGGAACGUGGUUGUGUUUGAUGAUGGGUCUAUGGUGGUAGUGACCCGCUCGGAUCUAGAGGGCUAUGAUGAUGAUGACGACUCACAGAGGUCAGUGAAUGUUGCUGGGAGUGAAUUAUGGGCGGCAGCUGCAGAUCUGAGCAUGGUGUACCGGGUGAAAGUUGUGGGACAGGCUGCGUUGGCGAGGAUCUCGUGCCUGUGGCUAGGCUUGCGUGAGGAUCAUCACAAGCUCUCUGGGAAAAAUCUUUCCAUGGGAGGCAUAAGCGUCGACAUUUCUGUCUACUGA